AUGUAUAUCCACCGAGACCAUGAACAAGCUCAUUUGCGGCUAUUCACCGAUUAUUUCUCUAGAGAUCCUCGAUGGAGUGGUCAGAUGUUCCACCGUCGGUUCCGGAUGCGGAAGCCUUUAUUCCUGCGGAUCAUCAACGCAAUUGCAGCUCAUGACUCCUAUUUCAAGCAAACCACCGAUGCUGUUGGCCGGCAAAGUAUAUCGACUUUGCAGAAAUGCACAUCUGCCAUAUGUCAACUCUCUUACGAAACUACUUCAGAUAUGUUCGACGAGUAUCUCCAUGUAAGCGAUCACACUGGACGAGAGUGCCUAGCUAAAUUAUGUCUGGCAGUCGUCGAAGCAUUCAAGGAUACGUACUUGAGAAAGCCAACGACCGAUGACACCCGGAUGAUGGUGAACAUGCACGAGCUGCAGGUCCACGACUUCCCUGGGAUGCUGGGCAGCAUCAACUGUUUGCACUGGCAGUGUAAGAAUUGCCCAACAACAUGGAGAGAACAGUACACUAGCGGGCACAAGGGCUCAUAUGUUGGAAAAAACGUGUGGUGA